AUGGCGGCGCCCCGCGAGCUGGACCUCUCCGACGAGGUCGAGGGCCAGAGGGACGGCACCACCGACUUCGUCUUCUGCCUCGUCGGCGACCCCAUCCCCGUCCUGCCCCCCGCCUCCGCCCCGCUCCCCCUCUUCGACCUCCAGUCCCCUCCCGCGCGCCCGCUCGCUGUCUCGGACGGCCACGCCGCCGUCUUCCUCGCUCACCCCGACGGGUUUAUCGCCGCGAGGACGAAUGCGUUGAUCGAGACCAGCAAGGAGGCCAGGGAGAAGGGCAAGGCGAGCACCCGCUGCGCCCAGGACUGCUGCGUCAUCGACGUGCCCCUCCCCGGCGUCACUCUCCUAGCGCUCUCCGGCGACCAGUCCGUGCUAGCUGCCUGCACGGGCAGCGAGAUCCAGUUCUUCUCGGCUACCUCCUUGCUCACUGAUAAGGAUAUCAAGCCGUCAUCAUCAUGUAGCAUGGGACGAUUUGGCACUGUCAAAGAUUUCAAAUGGCUAGAUAAUGCCUAUAUUGUACUCUCGAAUGGUGGAUUGCUAUCUCAUGGGAGUUUGGGGCAAGGCCUGAAGGAUAUAAUGGAAAAUGUUGAUGCUGUUGACUGUUCCAAGGACGGGAACCAUAUUGCUGUGGCAAGAAAGAAUUCACUCAGGAUAUUAUCGCCAGAUUUGAAGGAAACAUGUUGCAUGGCCCUCUUGUUUCAGUUGUGGCCUGAUAGUGAUUCAGAGGGCACUGACAUCAAAGUGGAUUCCAUCGGGUGGGUUCGCGAUGAUAGCAUUGUUGUCGGUUGUGUUCGAUUGAAUGAAGAAAGCAAUGAAGAGGGUUAUCUGGUACAAGUUAUAAGAAGCGGAGGAGAUACAUUUUUUGAGAUUGUUCUUCAUGAAGACUAA